AUGAUAACUUAUUCAAAUGUACCACCAAGAUCCAUCACUCCAAAACCCUCUUAUUUGCCAGUUCCAUCGCCUUAGUUGCAUUCAUAAAAGAUUAUUCCUAAUCAGUAUCCUUAGCCUAAGUAAAUAGUGCCAACUACAGAAAUCAUUCGUGUUCUUCCCAAUGAACCCUAAUAAAUACCAUAGCAAGACCAAGGUUAAUUUAAUGGAUUAUCAUUGCCUGAACUCAAGGCCUUCCUUGAAGACUUAAUGAAACGUUAUGAUCGACUAGCUUAAGAAUUGCAGAAGGCUGCUCAGAAGGAAAUUCAUUUAUAAAACCAACUCACAAUAGCUUAAACAGAUUUAAACAACAAAUUGCUCUAUUCUUAAUAAGAAAGAGAGGCAUCUCAGUCAACUAUUAACAAUAAGAAUGAAGAAAUCGAUUUCUUGAAUUCAGAAAUAGAAAAGUUAAAAGAACAGCAUUUCAGUGAGAAUUAGGAAUUGAAAGCAGACAAUGAGCAAAUCGCUUUAGUCUUAACUGACAAAUUGGAUUAAAUGAAUUAAUUUGCCAAAGAAAAAAUGAUAGAACUUGAUUAAGCUAAAAGUCUUCUUGUCCUCAGGGAAUAGGAAGUGCAGGAAUGGAGAUCUAGAAAGAACAACGGAGAUGUCUAUUCUCAAGAAAUUAACCAAUUGAAAUAGAAAAUCUAUUUAUUGUAAUAGGAGAAAGAUUAGUUGAUGGACAGACUCAGAUACUCUCCACAAGAUUCUUAAUUAGUCAAUGAAAAUUAAAUGCUGAGAGCCCAAUUACAAGAGAAGGAAUCAGAAGUCAAUACUCUACGAUUGAAAUUGCAAUAUGGAUAAUAAAACAAUGGCGAUUAAUAGUUAUACCAAGAGUUGGAAUAAGCCAAAUAAGAGAUAAUGUAUUAUAAGCAAUAAUUGAUGAAUGGAGGAUAGAAUUAUAAUUUGGAGGAAGUAGAGGAUUAUAGGGAUAAGGUUCAGAUCCUAGAAAACGAAAUAAGGCGUUUAAAUAAAUAAUUGACUGAGAUGAGACACGAAUUAGAAGAUCAUCGAAAUCAUAAAUCGGAUAAUGAAUUUCUGAGAUCCAAACUAUCAGAUCAAUAGAAUCAAAUUAGAGAGAUAUCAAAAUCCUAAUUGGGGUUCAAAGACAGAGUUCCUUAAUAUUACUGA